CUCCAUGACUCCUCAUCUCCUGCUCAUCUAUAACAUCCCACGUGACUUCUCCUACUGUCUGAUGACUUUUACAAUAUUUCUUCCACAUCUCUUGAAUCAGGGUGAAGAUCCGAACAAUAUUAAAGCUACAGAGACAGAUGUGAGCGGCGAUGAGCAGGAUAAGGAGAACUUUCCUACGGAGAAAGAUCUGAUCUAUAUUAAUGCUACAGACAUAAAGGAAGAAGAAGAGACAGAUGUGAGCAGUGAUGAGCAGUAUAAGGACAUUCCUACAGGGGAAGAUCUGAUCUAUAUUAAUGCUCCAGAGACAGAUGUGAGCCAUAAUAAGCAGUAUAAGGAGGACAUUCCUACAGAAAAAGAGCUGCUCUAUAUUAAUACUACAGACAUAAAGGAAGAACAAGAGACAGAUAUGAGCGGUUAUGAGCAGUAUAGGGAGGACAUUCCUACAGGGAAAGAUCUGAUCUAUAUUAAUGCUACAGACAUAAAGGAAGAACAAGAGACAGACGUAAACAUUGAUGAGCAGUAUAAGGAGGACAUUCCUAUAGGGAAAGAUCUGAGCUAUAUUAAUGCAACGGACAUAAAGGAAAAACAAGAGACGGAUGUCAGCAGUGAUGAGCAGUAUAAGGAGGACAUUCCUACAGGGAAAGAUCUGAUCUAUAUUAAUGCUACAGAUAUAAAGAAAGAAGAAGAAGAGACAGAUGUGAGCGGUGAUGAGCAGUAUAAGGAGGACAUUCCUACAGAGAACCGCACUGUCAGCAGGAUUUCCAUGUAGACGACUAGAGGAAUAAUUUGGGAUAUUUCCCAGCACUUCUGUAUUGCUGGGGGCUCUGAACCGCCUCGGCUGUCGUCUGAUUUGUG